AUGGUCAUCGUAGCAGUUGCUGGAGGCACUUCUCGGGGCCUUGGCUGGUCUAUCGUGACGGCGUUCCAUGAGCACCCGAAUCACACUCCAAUUGUCCUCUCGAGGAUGACAUCGAAGACGCCGCAAUGGCUCACCGACCUACCAGUUGAGAUCCGCAAGGUGGACUACGGCUCCGUAGACAGCUUAGUUUCCGCGCUUCAAGGAGUCCAUACGGUUAUCUCCACAACGCUCAACAAAGAAGGCUCCUGGGUCGAAAACGAAUCCGCCCUCCUCCAGGCCGCCCUCCAAGCCGGUUGCCGCCGCUUCGCACCCUCCGAAUGGUCCGCCGGCCCCGCCGGCGUUCUGUGCGUCGACAUGCUCAAACCGAAAUCCGCCCUCUGGCCACUCUGCGAGCGAGCGGCGAAGGAGCACCCCGGCUUCGAAUGGACGCGGUUCGCGGUUGGUAUGUUCAUGAACUAUCUUGGGUACGGGUGCGAGAGGGAAGCAGAGGCAUUGAAUGGGAUGGAGGAUAACGGGGCGAAGUUCGUUUAUGUGGGGGAGAUGCGGAUGGAGAUGGCGGUGCGGGAGGAUGGGGAGCCGGCGAGGAUCACGCUGACGGAGAUAGGGGAUGUGGGACGGUUUGUUGCGGCGGCAUGUUGCCUGCCAGACGGGAAGUGGACGACGGAGAUGGGGAUGGCGGGGGAGACGUUGCGGUUUGAUGAGAUUGCGAAGAUCAUCGAGAAGAUAAGGGGAAGGGAGAUCGAGAUCGAGAAGCGGAGUCCGCGGUUGGUGGAGCAGGAGCUCGAAGAGGAUCUGAAAAACGAAGACAGCGGUUACUGGAGGAGGAUGUGGCUACAAUUGGAGCUCAUGGAUACUCAUGACGUGGAAGGGGAAGGGGUCAUUCGACCCGUACUCAAUGAGAUGUUUCCGGACAUCAAGGCCAUUACGGUUGAACAAUAUAUUAAGAAGUUCUGGGAAUAG